AUGUCAGCCUCCGCUUUUGCUUCCGACAACCGCGCCACGGAGCCCAGCAGCGCGUCUGCAGCAGACCCUCCAGCUACCCUUCUAGCAUCGUCACCACCACCACCGCCAACAGCAGCAACAGUAGCAACAUCCACUUCAGCACCGCCAGCAACCUCCUCUCCGGCCGCUGCGGCACCGGAACCAGCUAUUGAUUCCCGUCUUUCGCCCUUCUCCGCUCCCUCAAAGUCGGUGCCUCCCUCGCCGCCCCAGACUCCCCUGAUAAAGCCGUCGGCAGUGCCUCCGCUGCCAGACCACCACGCACACCCGUCCCUCAAGCGCACCAACACCUGUCCCGGCCUGACGCCCACCUCUUCCUCUUCCUCGGUCUCUACCUUUGCGGCCAAGCCGUCCUCGGGUGCACAGCAGUACGGCUCUCAGUCUCCCCAGCUGACGGAGCGGGACUCCAUCUUUGCUACUCACUAUCUUCCCUCAGAGCCAGACAACGAACAGGAACAGGAACAGGAACAGGAGCAAGAUCGGGAGCAAGAUCAGGACCAGGACCGGGCAGACGAGCAGCAGGGCACAUACGACUUCCGUCCCCGCCAGCUGAACACCAGAUAUGUCAGUUCGCUCUCCUCGUCUCUCGGUUCGGCACGAUGGCAGCCAGCUCCCUCGCCAGAUCCAAUACCAACUCUAGAUGACCGCAUGACCCACCAACAUCACCAGCAACAUCACCAGCACCAGCACCAGCAGUUCGCAUUGCCCACCCGCUCUCGCACCGUAACCGACUUCUCCUCCCUCUCAAACCACGAUAACACCGGUGUAAACAACAAUUCCGGCAUCCCUCUCACCUUUGACCGUCUCUCACCACGUCCAUCGCCUGUCUUCCGCCCCCAGCCAGGUCCAGACAGAGGCCGAAGUCAUCACUCCCAGGGCCAGGGACAGGGCCAGAACCAGAACCAGGACCAGGACCAGGAAGAAUCGUCCUCUGGCACUGACACAAUGGCUCUCCUCGCUUCCCGGGACCUUAGCUCCCACCUCCAUAAUCACCACCACCCCCAUCAUAUUCACCGUCAUCCCCAUCAUAAUCAGCAUCAAAACAACAACAACAAUAACAAUAACCUCAUACGUGGACGCACUUCUAGAGUCGAAAAGUCUAUCGAAGCUAGCUUGGCCAACGUCGAUCCUAGUGCCAAUGUUCGCUCCCGCAAGUCAAGCCACUACCUUGGGCUCUUCAAGGAAAACACCGGCGAGCCAGAACGCAGGAAGAGCAUUGCUCCAGAACUUGCCUCUCUUGACGAGCUCUCGGGUGUCGGUGUGGGUGCAGGUGCCGCCCGGCCGGAUAUCACUUCAGCCGACGAAUCGCCAGCCGUCGUCCCCAAGGAGCUUCUAGACGAGAUCCGGAGCCACCAGCAUCGCCGCCAGGAUGGUGCAUCCCCCGCCAAUGGAGCUCAGCCAGGGCUACCAAGGUCCAUUCCAUCUCGUGACACUCGAAUGCUCUAUCCCGGUCACGCGCUCGAGGGCUUCUCUCCAGAUUCAGACUUUGCUGCCGCCCGGCCUGGUCUGGCCGAAUCGGUGUUCGAGGACGAUGACGAGGACAAGGAGCGUAUAUCCUCCGCCCUCUACUUCCCACACCAGCGCCCUCUCGAAGCUGCAGACAAGGAUGUCGGUAACAAACUGCAGCCGGAACAGCCACUCUUCUCUUCCCCGGCCAACCUAAAGCCCUCCCUCAGCGAGACCAACCUGGUCGAUAUCUCCCUCUUCUCAAAGACUGAAAAGAGCCAUUUCACCGGUGACCUGCGCAAGACCAUCCCCGAGCCUAUAGAGCCGCCCGUCUCUUCUUCCUCUGACCCUCACGCCGUCUCCGUGCCUUCCGGCGCGGCCGCUGUCGUGGUCGAACCAGCAACCGACAUCUCUGAGUCCGACUACCUCUCUGCCUCGGAAAGCUACACCUCCACAACUCACGACGAACCGGAGGACGACGAUGACCUGUCUUCCCACGAUGAGGCGGCUGGAACCGCUCCUCGGGGCACUCCCAGGCCAUCUCGCCCCCAGAUCAAGCAUCCUCAGUCUCAGCACAUACGCUCGCCGACUACUCCCCUCGGUGCCGUCGAGCUGAAGCCCUACCGUCACCAGGUCGGCGGCCACACCACCGUCUUCCGCUUCUCCCGGCGUGCAGUAUGCAAACAGCUAAACAACAGAGAGAACCAGUUCUAUGAACGUAUCGAGAAGAGACACCCGGAAAUGCUCGUCUUUCUCGCCAGAUAUAUCGGUGUUCUGAACGUGACUUUCUCCAAGGGAUCGAAAAAGCCCAGCAAGAAGGAUAAUAAUAAUAAUAAUAACAAGGAUGACAAUGCUGCGGUCACAUCAGAGCCUGCAGCAGCCAAGUCUACAACAACCGUUGAUGCCCAAACCUCUGCCGUCACCUCUACUGCGUCUUCCCCGCCGAAACGCACUGAGUCAGGCAAGGCUAAUAAUGGCCAACGCAUCUUCAGCCAGUCCCAAGUCACCGGGGUUAUACCCAAGGUCAUCCUGGAGAAUAACCGCCACAUCAUCCCCUUUGACCUCUUCAUGACCCCCCAGUCGGCCAAGUCCACCAGCGGCAGCGGACAUGCCACACCCACCCAGUCUCACUGUGGCUCGCUCGAGGAUGUCUCUGCCAAUCUCACCUGCUCUCCCAAGUCGACACCUGAACUCAAUGGAGAGUCCGACAAGCCUCCAGCAUCCAUGACAUGGGGUGCCACCACCGUCAACACAAAGCUCCAGGAACAGGUUCUGCGGGAGGUCUUCACUCCUCCCACUAUAUACUCGCACCAUCAACGCCGUCACCGUGGUCCAAGAAACAUUCCUAAGUUACUAUCUGGUGCCUCUUCCCUACGUAAGGAUGGGAAACUCUUACCCUUGCAUAGGGGACGCAGUGAACUUUCCGUCUCUGCAGCUGGUAAUCCCGCUCUUUCAUCUUCUGCUACUGCUUCCAUGCAAGAGGAUACAGCCACCCGAGUGUCUGGCCAGCGUCGUCGACGGAGGCACUCUGGUUCUGGCCUCGAGAGGAAACGCAGCAUGAGCACUGGUCCCGGCGAUCUCAUGUUCUACGAGGACGAAGGAUACGGUGGAGACAAGGAGGACGAGAUCUUUAAGAUGGAAGAUGAUGUACGCCUGCCUGUCAAGUCUGAUAGUACCCCUACCAGAGGACGCGAGCAGGUUACCCUUCCUGUCUCCCUAGGUACAUCAACCGGCGAACCCGUACGUCUACCCACCAAUCCCAAGGAAGCCCAGACAACCACCACCAGCGAGGAUCGUGUGCAAUUUUUCCUGCUCCUCGAGGACCUCACUGCCGGAAUGAACAAGCCCUGUGUUCUGGACCUGAAAAUGGGGACCCGCCAAUACGGCAUCGACGCCGACGAGAAGAAAAAGAAGUCUCAACGCCGCAAGUGUCAGAGCACUACCUCCCAACAACUCGGCGUUCGGCUCUGUGGCAUGCAGGUCUGGAACGUCAGCAAGCGCGAGUACCUCUUUGAAGACAAGUACUUUGGCCGUGACCUCUCGUCUGGCCGCGAAUUUCAAGAUGCCCUCACUCGCUUCCUCUACGACGGAGCAGACUAUAGUUCGGUCAUCGGCAAAAUACCCAUCAUCCUUGACAAGCUCUCCCAGCUCGAAAGCAUGAUUGUCCGUCUCCCCGGCUACCGCUUCUACGCCUCUUCUCUGCUCAUCCUCUAUGACGGGGACCGUGACCGCUCCUCCAACUCCCCCUCAUCUCCCUCCAAGGACUCAAAAUCCCACCGCACCAUCUUCGAAACAUACUCGGACUCAUCCCUUCCCAACCCAUCAAACCUCACGCUGAAAAUCGUCGACUUUGCAAACUGCGUCACUGGCGAAGACGGCAUCCCACCUUCAUCCCGCUGCCCACCACACAACCCCACAGAUAUAGACAGAGGUUACCUCCGCGGCCUACGCACGCUACGCAUGUACUUCCAGCGCAUCCUACGCGAAGUCAGUGCUAGUGUUGGUGAAAACUAUGUCGAGCGUGGAGAAGGCGAGGCACUCUCCGCGGCACCCUCGAGCGUUGUUGGAGCCGGCCGGGAAAGAGGAGAAGCGUGGGCAUGGGAUGAAGCCCUGGGCGAGCUAGAGGAGGGGGAGAUCAGUGUAUAA